GCUGGGCCCGGCCUGGGCCUGCCCGCUAGUGCGGGCCCUUCCCAGGCCCGUCUCUUCUCCCGCGCUGCUCCGCCCGCUCCGAGCCCACGGGGAGCCCCGGGAGGCGCCGGUUCCCGGGUGCCUCGGAGGAUUUCGGUGCUGAGGCUCGCGGUGUGCGGUACCCGGAGGCCACACACCGCAGUGCGCGGGGUUUGCUGGGGACCCGCAUUCAUUUUCUAAAGAGCCGGGGAGUUGCGAGGUUCGCUCAAGGCCCCGCUGCUCACACGCUGUAAGCUGUGCGUGUACCCCGUACACUGUUUAAACCGCACGUGUUUAAGCCUUCUAUUCUUCAGAAGUCUCCUGAGAGCAGCCGGAACUGCACAAAAAUUAAAUGAGCGGGUAUCUAUAGUCAAAUUACUGAACAAAUACUCAUCAUUGAAACUUAAUGAGCUGUGUUUCUAGCAUAUGUCAGAAGACCUUGCUAAGCAGUUGGCCAGCUACAAAGCUCAGCUUCAGCAAGUCGAGGCUGCCUUAUCUGGCAAUGCAGACAAUGAGGAUUUACUGAAACUGAAGAAAGACUUACAGGAAGUCAUAGAGUUAACCAAAGAUCUCCUUUCAACACAACCUUCGGAAACUCUUGCAAGUUCUGACAGUUCCGCGUCCGCCCUGCCCAGUCACUCAUGGAAGGUUGGGGAUAGGUGUAUGGCCAUAUGGAGUGAGGAUGGACAGUGUUACGAAGCUGAGAUUGAAGAAAUAGAUGAGGAGAAUGGAACAGCUGCGGUUACAUUUGCUGGAUAUGGCAAUGCUGAAGUCACACCUCUGUUCAACCUGAAGCCUGUGGAAGAGGGAAGGAAAGCAAAAGAGGACAGUGGCAACAAACCCAUGUCCAAAAAAGAGAUGAUAGCCCAGCAACGAGAGUAUAAAAAGAAGAAAGCUUUGAAAAAAGCUCAGAGAAUUAAAGAACUUGAACAGGAACGAGAGGACCAGAAAGUCAAGUGGCAACAGUUUAACAACAGAGCCUAUUCUAAAAACAAAAAAGGCCAGGUGAAAAGGAGUAUUUUUGCUUCCCCUGAGAGCGUAACUGGCAAGGUUGGCGUUGGAACAUGUGGAAUUGCAGACAAACCUAUGACACAGUAUCAAGAUACCUCUAAAUAUAAUGUCAGGCAUCUGAUGCCUCAGUAACAGAUGAAAACGGUGGAACUUCAUCUCUGCAGGGCUUUACACUUACCUUUUUAUCAUUAUAUUUUUCUAAAAGUAAAUUAUUUGUUGGCACAUAGUGAGUAGUCCAUUUUGUCACCAUCACUUUGGCUUCAGCUGAUUUGAGCCUUAAAUCUCCAGCUAUUGAUUUAAACCCCCCCAACCAUUAAACUUUUUGUAGCAGGUAAAUGUUCAUGAACUGCUGUUGCCUAUUACUUUCAAAGCAGUAUUUGUCUGCAGCUCUGAAUCUUUCAGUCAUACCAGUAGUGAAGGUUUUUUUUUUUCUUCCCCCUCUAUAAAAAGUGGUGGUAUAAAAAUGGCACUGUAAGUCUCCUUGGUUUCUGUAGUCACGGUGCUCUCUGUGACACUCAGCAUUACAGAGCUGCUGCAGCUCUGGGAGAGAGCUUACAUGUCACAUGGAAUUGCUAAGGAAGUUUAAAUAACUCUCUAAGAAAUCCACUGCAGAUUGAUUUGUACAGCUGUAAAUGAGGGCAGAACAGGGCUGAUAGGAUCUUUAUUACUGAUGAUCACUUAUGUUUCAGCAACAACAAAUUUGACUUAAUUCCAGUCCAAAUUUUUUGCGCUUGAAUUUAAGCAGAGGAGAUGCUGUUUCUUGUUAGUCGUUUUUCUUUGUUUUAUAAAUACUCAUCAAAUUAUAAUAGGAAGUUAAUGAAAUGUAACCAGAAAACCAUAGGACAAGGAACUGUACUUAAAGAGUCCCCACCCAUCCUCAGGGAUCAGAGUUGGAGUGUAACUAGUUGUGCUGUGGAAAGGAGCUGUCCUGUCCUCCCUUGUAGAUAUUGUAGGUGUGUUGGUACAGUCACAGACCUGUUGGUACAGUCACAGCAGUGACAGCUUGUGCCUGGACACCCAUCCAGACAAGGAGAACCACAGCACAGCAGAUACAAAUGCCUAGAUCCCACUUAGUUAAUUGUGAGUGAGUAAAGGUUAGCUGGGAGUUUCUGUCCUUACAUAACUGACUGGCCCUAGUGUCCAUUGUACCUUCAGCUGUAUUACAGUGCUGCUGAGCCCCUUCAGUUUUCUUCAGGAAUCCACGUGUAAAAGCUCUUGCUUUUUUGUACUCUCUGUGAUUUGCUUUCCUCUGUUCCUUGUCUCGCACUUACGGUAGUGAUGCCACCUCUGAACCCGUAAUGUGUUUAAAGAAGUUAAUGGGUAGCCCUGUAUACAAUGUAGAUAUUAUUUUUGUAAAAUCUAGGGCUGAGUUAAUGGACAAGAGUACAUCAGCUAUUUCCCCCAUUAAAUAAAAUGUGUGUCUUGUCCAUUAACCCUGACCAUUAUUUCCCUGUAUAUUAUGUUAAUGUAGCUCAUUUUGUAAUUUGUUAACUAGAUCAGGUCACGUCAGCAAUUGUUGAUGCACUGAUUGGUGGAAAUGUCCAUCAGUUACCUGAGUCACAACUCAAGCUAAACUCUACAAGCAGUAGUUUAGAAUCCAUACAUAGAAAAAGGUUCUCCCUAUAUUGGGAGAAAGUGAUUUUUAUGAAUACAAAGUGUGUUAAUUUCAGUUUUGUAUGUUUAACUUUUAUUAAAUAAAGUGUUUAAAAUCUGCUGGA